UUCAUUUUACCCUUUUUAUCUUAUCAUGAAAUGAAAAACAACAGCGACUGAUUCACAAAAAGCUUAAACGCCUAAUUGAAAACACUUUACCUUGUUCGCUUUCUUUGAUUUUGUUUGGUUGCAGAGAAAAGAGAAAAUGGCGUCAGAUGAAAGUAUGACGGUUGUUUCCUCUUUACAAGACGAUGAGUACGAUGAUCUUGAUGUUGGGUUUCAUCCACAUAACUUGUCCAGGCUUUCCAUGUGUACUAAUGAUGGUGACGAUUAUGAUUAUGAUGAUGAUGAUGAUCAUCGUCAUAUGGGGAUGCCUAAUGACAUGUCGAGAUUGUCGAUCGAAAGCUUCGAUGCGGACGCGGACGUGGACGAAGAAUGCUCCGGCAAGAAGUUUCUGGAGUUGUCAUCGGACUCCGACCAAGAACCUGGCUAUUACUCGCUUCCCGCCACGCCGCCUCGUCGGAGGAACGGAACCGGGAUGCUGAUGGCGGUGGUGAAAGAUUACGCCAGCGAAAACGAAGCGCAAAGGGGUGGUUUGGGGAGGCCGAAAGGCCGGAGCGGCCGGAGCAAGAACCCGAGGAAGAUGAGGGUUACGAGGGUAAGACGGGCGGAGCUAAGCGGCGGUAAAAGUGAGAGCAAAAGGAAAGACGGCGGCAAUAAUUACAGCGGGAGUUUCAGUGGGGAGAGUGAAGGAGGAGGAGGUGUCUUGGUCAUUACAAAGCCUAAAGGUGGGAACAGGUCGUUGUGUAUGGACUUGGGCGAAGUGAAGGCGUGUCGGGAUCUCGGGUUCGAGUUGGAACACGAGCGGUUGUUCGAGAUGCCCGGCCGUGUCUCGCUGUCGGGUUCCACUUUCGAUAAUACCAGUAGCGGCGGCAAUUCCCCCAUCGCAAAUUGGCGUAUAUCUAGCCCUGGUGAUGACCCGAGAGACGUGAAGGCUCGGCUUAAGGUGUGGGCACAAGCAGUGGCACUUGCAUCCACGUCCAGGCAUUGAACUCAACUACUCUCAAACAUCAUUCGCUAAUGUUUUUUGGUUCCCAGUUUUGCUUCUUUUUAUUUCAAUCCUUUUGGUGGGAUGAAUGUGGCAUUAGAGAGAUUCAUGUACCUUUCUUGACUACUUGUGUAUGGUUUUAGGGUUGUAAAUAACAGGGUAUAAUUGUAGGCUUUAAAUUACAAUUGGU